CUGGGCCGGGUAUUUGUUGUCAUCAAGAUGGAGUUUCUUCUGGGGAACCCGUAUAGCACCCCUGUGGGACAAUGUAUCGAGAAAGCUACAGACGGCUCCUUGCAGAGUGAGGACUGGACACUUAACAUGGAAAUCUGUGACAUUAUUAAUGAGACAGAAGAGGGCCCAAAAGAUGCCAUGAGAGCCCUGAAGAAGAGACUGAACGGGAAUAGGAAUUACAGAGAAGUGAUGCUCGCACUGACAGUCUUAGAGACUUGCGUGAAAAACUGUGGCCAUCGUUUCCAUGUCCAAGUGACCCAUCGGGAUUUUAUAGACGGCAUCCUGGUGAAGAUCAUUUCCCCAAAAAACAAUCCUCCCACCAUCGUGCAGGACAAAGUGCUUGCGCUUAUACAGGCUUGGGCGGACGCGUUUCGCAGCAGCCCUGACCUUACUGGAGUUGUACAUAUUUAUGAGGAGCUGAAGAGAAAAGGAAUAGAGUUUCCAAUGGCAGAUCUAGAUGCGUUGUCUCCAAUACACACACCCCAGCGGAGUGUUCCUGAAGUGGAUCCUGCAACCAACAUGCAUACAUCUCAGACUCAAAAGAGGGACAGCUUCAGCAACCUUUCCAAUUCCAAAUCCACGUCCACACCAUACACAGCCCCAGGAGGACCUCCGCCAAACGUGGGCGGCCCCAUCUCAGCAAACUCUGAACAGAUUGGACGACUGAGGAGUGAGCUGGAUAUAGUGCGUGGAAACGUAAAAGUCAUGUCUGAGAUGCUGACAGAAAUGACCCCUGGUCAGGAAGGUGCCUCAGACCUUGAGCUCUUACAGGACCUAAACAGGACUUGCAGAACCAUGCAGGAGAGGAUUGUGGAACUAAUUUCCCGAGUAUCAAACGAGGAGGUCACUGAAGAGCUUCUCCAUGUAAACGAUGAUUUAAAUAAUGUCUUUCUUCGAUAUGAGAGGUUUGAACGGUACAGGUUGGGCCGCUCUGCACAGAACACUAAUGGGGUGCUGAGUGAUGUCACUGAGGAUAACCUGAUAGACCUUGGCCCUGGAUCUCCUGCAGUUGUCAGCCCCAUGUUGGCCAACACGGCUCCAUCAAACCUUAGCUCCCAGCUGGGAGGACUUGAUGUGGGAACAAACAGUGUAAGCUCAACUCUCAGCGCUCUGCCCACCACCAACCCGAAGGAUGACUUUGAUAUGUUUGCACACACCAGAACCAACUCCCUGGCGGAUCAGAGGAAAAACGUGACAUAUGAGGACCCACAGGCUCUCGGAGGGUUAGUGUCCGCUCUGGACGUCCGGAAGCAGAACAUCGGAGGGAUUCCAGUCUCCCAGCCCUCUGACAUGGAUGAUAUAGAGGAUUGGCUCAGUAAAGACCUGAAGGGAGAUGAACUGGAGGAAGGAGUGACAAGUGAAGAAUUUGACAAGUUUUUAGAAGAGCGAGCCAAAGCCGCAGAAAGGGUGCCAGAUCUUCCAUCACCCCCCACUGGAGAGCCCGCCCAACCCAUGAAUCCUGCCGGAAGGAAGAAGCAGGAGAGCUCUGAGGAUAAACUCUUUGCUUUGUAACUAGGCCUCGCCUCUCUGUACAGCAUUAAUCACAUUCCCUUGGCCACUAGUCCCAGGCCCAUACUAGUCUCAUUCAUUACAUUUCCACCAUGAUAUGAACAGGCAUUAACUGGGCUACAAUGUUUUCUCUAUUACACUACAGUCAUACGGACUUACCUCCUGCUCUCCUAUUAGGCAGCCAUGCUAGGUUUGUGAUGUUUAAGGUAGGUAUGUGUUUAUUAGCCCUGCAAGCAAUAUAUCCUUCAUGCAUUCAGCUAAAACAUCUGCAGUAAAAAGCAAAAUACAAGGCCCUGGCCAUAACAUUAUUAAGUUAGAUUUACCUGUUACUAUGCUGACCACCGUCACUCAGGUUUGACAGGAAAGAUACCCCACCAUAGUAACUAUGGAUAUGGCCUAGCAGAUUUUCCCAUGCCGCCAAUAGAUACUAUAAUUCCCAGUGGGGUUUGGUAUUCCCUCUAUUCCUUGUAAAUCUCCCUCCAUAAGCGUAAUGCAACACUAUCACUGCAUGCCUCAUCAUUCAAAAGUAUAACAAGCUCUCUUCUCAUAUAUACAUAUUUAUAGAUAUACAGUAUAUAUAAUAUAUAUAUAUAUAUAUAUAUAUAUAUAUAUAUAUAUAUAUAGUAGCGUAUACCUGAAUUGCAACAUUUGCACAGCUUCCUUACCUCUCAGCUAUUUAAAGAAUAAGGGACCCCUCCACCUGAACAGUUGUCUUUUGUUGUAAUAAGGCCAGUAGCAAAACAGUUUUUUGUGGGUCCUUUUAUUUAUGUAAAGCUCCUUCUGACACCAUUUAGGUGUUGGUGGGAUUUAGGAGUUGUACUUAAGAUCUGCAGAAUGGAUAAUAGAUACUGCUGUCGCCAUCUUGCUCUGCAGUUCCUUUAUUCUCAUUGCCACUGUUUCAUCCCAGAGGCUAUUCACUUGAAUGGGAUUCUAGGCACCAACUCUCCCUACUCACCUCCCAGAGGCUAUUAUCAUAGGCACCAUCUCUACCUACUUUACCUGCUAUUCCACAGCCAAGGUCCCAUCCCAGAGAUAAUCUCCUCUGUUACUAUAGGCACCAUCUCUCCCUACUAUAUCUGGUUUCCCACAGUCACUCUCCCUUAACAGAGACUAUUAUCCCACUUCUACUAUUGGCACCACCUUUACCUACUAUACCUGCUAUCCCACAGUCACACUCCCUUCCCAGAGAUUAUUAUCUCCUCUGCUACUAUAGGCAUCAUCUCUCCCUAUUAUCCCACAGCCACAGUUCCUUCCCAGAGACUAUUAUCCCUGCUGCUACUAUAGAUCCGGAGGCUGUUGUCCCCUCAACUACAGGGGCUUUUUAUAGAGUGGUAAACAUAUUCCCAUACUCAACUCUUCCUACACUUGAGCUGCAUUUGACUACAGAUCUGCGGAGCACAGAGCAGCUGUCCUUCCUUCUAACCCAAAUACAACUUUGAACACUCUAUAUUACAGUUGCUACUUCAUUAGAAUACUGGUACAACUAGGGAUUGAUCCGUUUUUUACCAUUGUAGGGGAUUUAAUUUUGUCUCUGGCUCCUUCUGCUUUGAUAGAGGUUGAACCACACCUGAAUUGUUUGGGUCAAGAAUUAGGAGAGAGAGACACACAGACCAGGCUCCAUUUAAGCUUCUCAAGACAAAUAUCUGCUUUAUCUGUAGGUAUUAUGUGGAUGUAAUCCUUGGGUGCCAUACUUUGCCUGUAUCUGGUGUACCACGCUAGGGGGUUACUAGAUGUCUGUGAAACAGCUGCCUAUGAUUGUUGUUGUAAUUAUUUUGUUGAACUCAGCACUGAAAGGGGUUUCAUUAUCCUAGGGACAGCCAGUUGGUGUAUUUCAUACAAAUGCAGACCUACAACUGGUGGAAGGUCCUAGGAACUCUUAAUGUCUGGCACUAAUUUACAGAAUAUAGAGAAUUUAUAGAAUAUAGAUUUUAUUCUGUGGUCACUGAUAGUUCUGGGGUCAUUGACUUUUGAGGCCUAGCUUCAGACAAAAAAGGAGAAUUAUCUUGGAGGCCCAGAUUGAGAAGCAGGGCUCUUCAUCUUUCCAAGGUGGACCUUUGCUAGAUAAAGAGCAAUGUUGGCCAUGUUUUCCCCGUACAUUUCCCUGGCAUGUUAUAUAAAUGGGCAUGCAGUAAGGCUUCUUUAAAGGAAAAUCUGUAGCAAAAUAGAAACAAAUCAGUGAAGGGGUUUACAUGGGAAUUUUAGAUAUCGAGAAGGAUAAGGAUGAGCCUUAGUGAUUGAACCCCACAGACAAACACUACACCUUAAGGCAACGUGACCUUCAAAAAUAUGGCCGCUGGUAUGAUGGGCAAGUGAGAUCCGAACUGGCCGUGGUGGCUCGUCGGAAUUAAACCUAAUCAAUGACUCCCCUUACACGGCUGCAACUAACAUGUAUAUUUAAUACCUUUAAAUUAUUUUAUAUUUUAUACAUGCAAACACUACUUGUAGUUUCUUAUUGAUGAAAAUAUUUAUUUUGUCAACCCCACCCCUAACGCUUUCCCUCUUUAAUCGGUUUCAGCUGUGGAAGAGUAGAACCAUAUACGCCGAGCGUUCUUUAUCUGCCCAUAAUAACCCCCUCUUCCUCCGCGUGUCCGUCUGUCUGUUCAAUAAAAGCAAUUUGUUCGCUGACUUGUACUACUGUAGUUAUAAUAUGUACAAACGAGUCAAAUUAAAUAGUAACUGAAA